CCUGUCACCCGGCCACCCUCGGGCAACGAUGCGCGGGAUGCAAAGUUUUUUGUUUCGCCCGCCCCCCCUUCCCGCUGUCCAGAUGCUGAAUUGAUUCGGGGUCGGCGAACUGUGACUGAAUGAUUUGAUUGAGCAAUUCAGGGGAUGCGAACAAUCAUGCGUGCAAUCAGCGACAAGGAUGGUGCGGUUCGACGAGUCCAUAAAUACGUGACUCCAACUCGUCUCGAUGGCGAAUGGUGAUGCCACGUAGAUUGCCAUUGCCCUGUCCCCCAUUCCCUGUCACAACCGCUUCCCCUUUCCCCUUCCCCAUCCCCUUCCCCCGCUUGGCGCUCCAUCAUCAUGUCGCGACAAGAGCCUCACGCUCCCAUAGCGGAGAUUGAGGCGAAUGCCCCAAGCUACGACUACAACGAAGCAUCAAAGCAGCACAAUCACCAUCACGAUCACGACACGCCUUCCAAGUCUGCCGGUAGUCACAGCGACGAUGAUGGCUCCCUGCACAGCCGCGAUGCGCGAGAAGAGAUCGUCGCCGAAGAGGGCGCGCAAGGUGUGGCUCGCGCCGAAGCUUUCACCCGGCUCUUGCGUUCUCACAAGCGUGGCAAGGCGCUGCUUUGGCUGCUCGGCAUCCUCAUCUGGUGCACCAUGUUCGUCUACGCUCUCGACAAUGGCCUCACCGGCAACAUCUUUACGCCCAUCAUCGGCUCGCUGUACGGCAGACACGCGCAGAUCUCGGCCGUCACUACUGCGAGUAGCAUCAUCGCUGCCGUCUCCAAGCCUUUCCUCGGCAAGAUCUCCGACUACACGUCUCGCCCAUUCACCUACUCCAUCACCCUCUGCUUUUACUGCGUUGGCUUCAUCGUCGCUGCCACUUCCGAAACUUGGGCUGCCUACAUCAUCGGUUUGUGCUUCACCUCUUUCGCCAAGGCCGGCAUCGACUUGUUGGGCGACAUUAUCAUCAGCGAUCUGACGCCGCUACAAUGGAGGCAGUUCUUCACAUCCGGCCUCACCUCUCCUUACUUUAUCACGGCAUACAUUGGCGGCUUCAUCGUCGAUGGCCUAGGCAUCACCGACGCAGACUACGGUCAGUGGCGCUGGGCUCUGGGCAUGUUCUGCAUCCUCAUGCCCGCCUUCCUGGGACCCGUCAUCGUGCUCCUAUUCGCCUUGCAGCGACAGGCAGCGCAACUCGGCAUGAUCAGCAUGGGAGCUUCCGGCAUAAAGCGUCGCGGACAAGAGUCGACGACGCGCGGUCAGACGACUUGGCAGAUCAUCGUCGCAGCUUCCAUCAGUAUGGAUCUGGUGGGAUUGCUGCUUUUCGCCUUUGGCUUCGGCCUCUUGCUGCUGCCAUUCAGUCUGGCCAAGGGUGCGCAAGGCGGAUGGUCCAACCCGAGCAUGAUCGCCAUGGUCGUCGUCGGUUUCGUCCUGCUGGUCAUCUUUGCUCUUUGGGAGCAGUACGGUGCGCCGGUGCCGCUCGCGCCGCGACGCGUCCUUCGCAACCGCGCCUUCCUCGUCGCAGUCCUCAUCGACUUUUUGGCGCAAUUCGGAAGCUUUGUGGCGUCCAUCUACUUUAGCUCCUACAUCUACGUCACUCAAGAUCUCACCGACUACCAGUGGACAGCACUCACAGCCACCACCACCGUCGGUCUCUGCUUCUUUGGCAUCCUCAACGGCUUGCUCCAGCGCCGCUUUCACCGUUUCAAGGCUCAAAUGCUGUUCGGCAGCGUCGCCAAGCUCAUCGGCUACGGUAUCUGCAUGACCGCUGGCAACCGCGCCACCACCAACCUUGCCGCGCUGGCCAUUUCGCGCAUCUUGAUCGCCAUGUCCGGCAUGAUGGUCGGUGGCGCUCGGCUAGCCUCCCAGUGUGCAGUCGCUCACAGAGAUCUGGUCACUACGAUCUACACCGUCUCGCUCAUCUCCAGCGUCGGCAGCUCUGUGGGCAGCUCGGUCUGUGCGAGCAUUUGGCAAAACAGGAUGCUGACUUAUAUGCGCGAAGAGAUUCCUGCCACGGUGCCCGACGCGACGAUCAGGAAAGUGUACGCCAGCAUCAAGACGCUGCGCUCUUACCCGCUCGAUGACCCCAUCCGAAUCGGAGGGAUUGCCGCGUACCAGCGUGUGCAAGGGAUCAUGUUCAUCGUCGCCAUCGUCGUCAGCGCUGCAGGUGUCAUCAUCACCUUCUUCGUGCCCAACUACUACCUCGGCACUCAACACAACCACGUCAGCAAGCGGGAUCUCGACGGCAACGAUGUGGGCGGUCCUGUGGUGCGCGACACUUCCAACGAAGCGCCGCCGACCACGUCAGGCCAAAAAGCCUGGCGCGCCAUUCGAGACGCGUGGGAUUUCCCUCCUCGCAAGCCCCUCGCCGCCUAGAUGCAUUCUUGUAUGGCUUCACUCCAUCUCGUUCUUACGUCACUCUUGAAUGUUCAAAACCGAAUGCGAUGAUUACUG